AUGGGUCUCACCGACGCUCAGGAUGUCGCUCGCAUCGACUCCAAGGCAGCCGCCGCCAUCGCAUCCAACGUCGAGGACUACGACGCCCUUGUUCACGAUGCCGCCGAGGUCACCAACAACCAGGAGAAGAUGAGCGUGUCCAGGGCCAUCAAGACCUACCCCAACGCCAUCUUCUUCUCGGCCAUCCUCUCGCUCGCCGUCAUCAUGGAGGGUUACGACACCCUCCUCAUCGGCAACUUCUUCGCGAUGCCUGCUUUCCAAAAGAAGUACGGCCACUGCAACGCAGCCGGCAAGUGCGAGAUCCCUGCUCCCUGGCAGUCGGGCCUCACCAACGGCUCCCAGGUCGGUUCCAUCAUCGGUCUCCAGCUUACCGGUAUCUGCUCGGAACGCUACGGUUACCGCAAGACCAUCCUCGUCGCCCUCGCCGCCAUGACCGCCUUCAUCUUCAUCCCCUUCUUCGCUCCUAACCUCACCGUCCUCCUCAUCGGACAGAUCCUCCAGGGUCUUCCCUGGGGUGUCUUCCAGACCCUCACCACCUCGUACGCCGCCGAAGUCACUCCUGUCGCUCUUCGUCCCUACCUCACCACCUGGGUCAACGGAUGCUGGGUCGUUGGUCAGCUCAUCGCCUCCGGUAUCCUCCGUGGCACCGUCGGCCGCACCGACCACUGGGCUUACAAGAUCCCCUACGCCAUCCAGUGGAUCUGGCCCGUCCCCAUCUUUAUCGGAUGCUGGUUCGCCCCCGAGUCCCCCUGGUGGUUGGUUCGUCAGAACCGCCUCGAGGACGCCAAGCACUCGCUUCGCCGCCUCGCCGCCAACGACCGCGACUUCACCGACCACGAGGCCGACCAGACCGUUCAGAUGAUGAUCCACACCAACGAGCUCGAGAAGGCCGCUGCCGAGGGCGGAAGCUACUGGGACUGCUUCAAGCGCUCCGACGGCCGUCGUACCGAGAUCGCCUGCGUCGUCUGGCUCAUCCAGGUCUUCUGCGGUGGUCCUCUCAUGGGUGUCUCGUCCUACUUCUACACCAAGGCCGGUCUCCCCACCGACCAGGCUUUCAACCUCUCCAUCGGCCAGUUCGCCAUGGGUCUCGUCGGUACUAUCAGCUCUUGGUUCCUCCUCCGCAAGGUCGGUCGUCGUGCGCUCUACCUCUACGGCCAGCUUGCCCUCUUCGCCAUCAUGAUCACCGUCGGCGGUCUCGCCUUCAAGGCUGACAACACCAACGUCUCCUGGGCUAUCGGUUCCAUGCUCCUCAUCUUCACCUUCAUCUACGAUCUCACCGUCGGCCCCGUCUGCUACUGUCUCGUCGCCGAGAUCUCCUCCACCCGUCUCCGUGCCAAGACCGUCGUCCUCGCCCGUAACGCUUACAACGUCGGCGGUAUCAUCGUCAACAUCAUCAACCCUCGCAUGCUUAACUCCCAAGACUGGAACCUUGGAGCUAAGGCAGGCUUUGUGUAUGCUGGAACCGGUCUCAUCUGCAUCAUCUGGACCUACUUCCGCCUGCCCGAGACCAUGGGUCGAUCGUACGGAUCGCUCGACAUCCUUUUCGAGCAGAAGGUUUCGGCGCGCAAGUUCGCCUCCACCGAGGUCGACAUGUUCUCCUCGCACUCCCAGGCUACCGCUGCUCACUCCGCCGGCUCCAUCGACGAGAAGGCCAGCUCCACCGACAAGGUCGAUGGCGUCGUUGCCAACACCUCCGGUCUCGGCUACAAGUACGAGGCCUAA